CUCACUCGCCACCCACCGCAGGCCCUCCACGCCCGUGCCCCCACUGCCCAGCCAUGGAGGCCAUCAAGAAGAAGAUGCAGAUGCUGAAGCUGGACAAGGAGAAUGCCAUCGACCGGGCCGAGCAGGCUGAGUCAGACAGGAAAGCUGCCGAGGAGAAGUGCAAGCAGGUGGAGGAGGAGCUGUCGCACCUCCAGAAGAAGCUGAAGGGGACGGAGGACGAGCUGGAGCAGCGCUCCGAGGCCCUGCAGGACGCGCAGGAGAGGCUGGAGCAGACGGAGAGGAGAGCCGCCGACGCCGAAGGGGAUGUGGCAGCUCUCAAUCGACGCAUCCAGCUCGUGGAGGAGGAGUUGGACAGGGCUCAAGAGCGACUGGCCACAGCCCUGCAGAAGCUGGAGGAGGCAGAAAAGGCUGCAGAUGAGAGCGAGAGAGGAAUGAAGGUGAUAGAAAACCGGGCCAUGAAAGAUGAGGAGAAGAUGGAGAUUCAGGAGAUGCAGCUCAAAGAGGCCAAGCACAUUGCUGAGGAGGCCGACCGCAAGUACGAGGAGGUAGCUCGUAAGCUGGUCAUCCUGGAGGGAGAGCUGGAGAGGGCAGAGGAGCGUGCCGAGGUGUCUGAGCUAAAAUGUGGCGACCUGGAAGAAGAACUCAAGAACGUCACUAACAACCUGAAGUCACUCGAGGCUGCGUCUGAGAAGUAUUCUGAAAAGGAGGAUAAAUACGAAGAAGAAAUUAAACUUCUGUCUGACAAACUGAAAGAGGCUGAGACCCGCGCCGAGUUUGCAGAGAGAACAGUGGCAAAACUGGAAAAGACAAUCGAUGACCUGGAAGAAAAACUUGCUCAGGCCAAAGAAGAGAACGUGGGCUUACAUCAGACACUGGAUCAGACGCUAAACGAACUUAACUGUAUAUAACCAAAACAGAAGAGUCUUGUUCCAACAGAAACUCGAGAGCUCCGUGUCUCUCUCUUCUCUUGUAAGAAGUUUGUUACUGCAUCUUCGCUUUACUGGAAAUGUCAAGCAAAUUAUGAAUACAUGACCAAAUAUUUUGUAUCAGAGAAGCUUUGAGCACCAGUUAAAUCUGAUUCCUUCCUUUUUUUCAAAUAGCACCAGCUUUUUCAGCUUUACUCCUAUCCUUAAGUGGCAUUUCUUCCUAAGGUAGGCAGGGUAUUUCGUAUUGAGCAUACUCUCUUAAGACUGAGGGCAUUUGGUUCCUGGGAGAGCAGGCAAGCACAGUUUCAAAGUAGACCCCAAUAUCUAGUCAUGGGUCAAUUUAAAAGGCUGAUGGAUGUAACCUUCCCGGCCACCACAAGUCACACUACAGGAGGCCAAGGACCAUCACAUUAAAAUGGGUGGGGAUUUUCCAUCCAGAGCAAAGAAAAAAAAAAAGGAACUAUUGUGGGAAGUCAUAAACCCAAGAUAGAUUAACCUAAUCAUGCUGGCUCUUUUCCACACUCCACCGUGCAGAACAAACAUCCUCUGAGCAGUCAGCAUGAGAAUGCUCGGGAAAAAGUCAUAAUAAUUACCCAAAUAUUUUCUGGACAGAUCUUUGAUGUUAUGCUCUUCUACCUGUUUUACUCUAAAGUUGUUCUGAGGAGCAGAUGUGUUACUCAAAUAACGACCCACGCUUGUCUGCUCUGACAUGAGGCCAUCCACUCAGCAGGAAGGAAUAUGUUGAAAUUCAGUCCUCUUCAGAGAAGCCCUAUCAGAAAGAGUGGGAGCCAUCAAUAAUUGAGCAAGAGUGUUUUUGUACUAACACAUACUGGGCAGAAGUAGAGAUAAAAAAGUAAUUGGCUAACUUCAUCUCCUCCGUACUUAAGGGAAUGAAAAAUUGAAGAUUUUUCAUCCUACUCUCUAGGACUUUAGUUCCUUCUUUAGGACCAAGUUAACAAAAGACCAAGACGCUCCUGAUUAAACUGGACAUGGAGGAUUCUGUAGACAGGCUGCCCAUUUUGGCGCUGUUACGUUUCUGCUUCUCAGGGGCAUCCCCGCUGCACCAUCCCGCACUGCCCAGCGCGGGCGCUCAAGUUUACACCGCGCCGCUCACUCCCCGCUCCUGCUCCUGCGCCCUCUGCCCCUCGCUCCUAUUUAUUAAGCGUCACACUACCCAGGAGGUACACUAGCAAGUUGGGAGCUGAAUAAAACCCACACUUCUCUAGAUUCCUGCAGCUGUAUCAUAUGUAACAGUAUCACUUUUUCUACAUUUUGGUCAAAUAAAUUUUUACAUAAACUG